CCUACCAACUAUUCACCGGAUGGGUGUCUUCUCCUCUUCUCUCUUCCUUCCCCUCCUUCUCUUCUUCUUCUACCACUCGACUCUCGUCGAAUCGAGUGGAUUAGAGAAUGAUUUCUUGAAGCAGCAAGAGGCCGACCGCGUGUUCUCUCUUCCCGGUCAGCCGCCGGUGAGGUUUAAACAGUAUGCCGGCUACGUCACGGUCAACGAGAGCCAUGGGAGGGCGCUCUUCUAUUGGUUCUUCGAGGCCACUCAUGACGUCGAGAACAAGCCUCUUGUCCUAUGGCUUAAUGGAGGGCCUGGUUGUUCGUCUAUUGGGUAUGGAGAGGCAGAGGAGCUUGGGCCUUUCUUAACGCAAAAAGGUUGGCCGGAGCUAAAACUCAACAUGUACUCCUGGAACAAAGAGGCUAAUUUGCUGUUUCUGGAGUCCCCAGUCGGUGUGGGGUUCUCUUAUACGAAUACAAGCUCUGAUUUGCAGCACCUUGGAGAUAAGAUCACUGCUAUCGACUCGUACAAGUUCCUUGUGAAUUGGUUUAAGAGAUUCCCACAGUUCAAGUCUCAUGACUUCUACAUAUCUGGAGAAAGUUAUGCAGGGCAUUAUGUUCCACAACUAGCGGAGAAAAUCUUGGAUGAAAAUAAAAAAGCCUCGGUGGAUGAUUAUAUAAAUCUCAAAGGACUCAUCAUAGGAAAUGCCGCAUUAGACGAGGAAGCCGAUCAGCGGGGGAUGAUCGACUACGCCUGGGACCAUGCAGUCAUUUCUGAUCAACUGUACCAGGAAGUAAAGAAGAGCUGCAAUUUCAGCAAUGAGAAUGUUAGCUUGGCUUGCAAUGAUGCAUUGAACGAAUACUUCGCUGUUUAUGAUAUCAUCGACAUGUAUAGCUUGUAUUCUCCUGUCUGUGCUAGCCAGAACACUUUUGCGACCUCUAGAAAACACUUUGACGUCGUAGGCGCUGGUUCUAAGCUCUUCUCCAAAUAUAGAGCGUGGCAUCAGAAGCCGUCAGGCUAUGAUCCCUGCCAGUCAGAGUAUACUGAGGUAUACUUCAAUCGUCCAGAGGUCCAAAAAGCUCUGCAUGCCAACGUUACGGGUAUUGGGUACAACUGGACUCACUGCAGUGAUGUGAUUACCCAAUGGAAUGAUCAGGCCGCAUCUCUGCUCCCCGUCCUCCGUAAACUCAUUGGUGCUGGCCUCAGAUUGUGGGUUUACAGUGGUGACACUGAUGGAAGAGUUCCAGUCACGUCAACAAGGUAUACAUUGAACAAGCUUGGCCUCAAAACUGUUCAAGAAUGGUCGCCUUGGUACCACCAUAAACAGGUUGGUGGGUGGACAAUUAUCUACGAAGGACUUACGUUUGUUACAAUCCGGGGCGCUGGGCACGAAGUUCCAACGUUUGCUCCUUCACAAGCGCUGCAGCUUCUGGCGCACUUCUUGGCGAACCAGGAAUUGCCUUCUGCAGCAUUCUAGCAAUUCAGUCUCUCGAUCCUAUCGUCUCAAGAAUUCGAGCAAUGUAAAGAAAAAGAAAAAAUAACUGUUGGAAAUGGCUGAAAUUAAGCCAAGUUUCCAGUCAGGCUGAUUUGGCUGGGUGUUAGUACAUGCAUUGUGAUUUCUAUAUAUCAUUCAUGGA